AUGGCUACUAUUGACAUUAUUCAAACUAGAGACUUUACUGAACAAUGUUAUCUACAUAGUGAUUGCUCCUCUGUAAGUAAGAUAGAAAAACAGAAAACAGUUCUCACUUCAGAAAUAGAUAUUCCAAAACAAGAAUUUCUUAUUGAAAAAAAGAAAUAUUCAUUAAAUGAAUCAAAAACAAUACAAGAAGUUCAAAUUCGUAGUCUUUCUCAUUGGUCACAUUUUACACCAAAUAGUGAAUCAAUGGCAUCUGCUGGUUGGUUUUCAUGUAAUGUUAAUGAUCGAGUUAUUUGUAUAUAUUGUAAUACAAUUUGUUAUCAAUGGACAAUUAAUGAUGAUCCAGCUGAAGUUCAUACAAGAAUUGCUCCACAAUGUCCAUUUGUUCUUUUAAUGCCUUCAAAAAUAAUUCACCAAAAAUAA